AUGGUGAGGUUCUUAGGAUUGACUCGUGCGGUGGAUCAAGAACCCAGAGAAAUUGUUUCACGGUCGAAUCUGACGACCGAGUCCAGUGAAAAUGGCUGGCUUAUCAGAUUCUUUGACUCUCCAUUCUUCUGUGAGUGGAUUGCUGUUAGCUACUUGUACAAGCAUGAUCAUGCUGGUGUGCGCGAUUAUCUCUGUAAUAGAAUGUACACACUUCCCUUGCAGGGAGUCGAGGGUUAUUUGUUUCAAGUUUGUUAUAUGAUGAUACAUAAACCCAGUCCCUCUUUGGAUAAAUUUGUUAUAGAUGUGUGCUCCAAGUCACUUAAGAUUGCUUUGAAGGUGCAUUGGUUCUUGUUGGCUGAGCAUGAGGAAUCUUAUGACAAUGAUGGGAUUAGUAGUAUUCAGGACAAGUGUCAAACUGCAGCCACCUUUAUGGGGGAGUGGCCACCUUUGAUAAGGCCUCAAAGUGCAUCUUUGAGCCCGCCAGGCAAGAACCAAGUUUUGAAUAAAAUAUUGUUGUCGCUAACAUCUUUGUCGCCUACGCAGAGAUCUUUGUCGUUCUUGCCUUCUUCGGGAAACAAUUUGCAAGAGGAUAGUAGUUUGGAGUCUGUCGAAGAAAACAAGCUGUUUCGGAAAUUUAUGCCAGGCCCCAAGGUUAGAGAUGCUUUGCUUUUUAGGAAGUCAGUUGAGAAUUGUGAUGAAGACUCUGAAAAGAAUAAUUUCCUUAAAAGGCUCUUAAGGGAUAGUAGAGGGGAUGAUGAAGACUCUGAGGACGGUUUCUUUAAAAGGCUCUUGAGUGACAGUAAAGGUGGAGAGGAUGAGGAUCUGGCCUCAAGUUCAGAGGGAUUUUUCAAGAGAUUGUUUCGGGAUAGCAAGAAUGAUUCCGAGGAUAAAACACACACUCGAGCAAUGGAAGAUGAAGAAAAGGAGGGUUUUUUACGAAAGCUUUUCCGCGAUAAAUUUGAAGAUAAGAAGGAUGGAAAUAUUCGUAAUUCUGAAGAGAAAUGCGCAAAGCCUGCUGAAGAGGAUGAAAAAGAAGGUUUUUUCCGGAAAUUAUUUAAGGAUAAAUUUGAGGACAAGAAAGCUAUCAAUGAUAAAACUGAAGAUGGUCGUGUGCACCCUGAAGAUGGUAAAGGGGAUUCAGCCAAUGAAGACAAUAAUAGUGGCUUAGUUGAAAAUAGUCCAGCCGCAGAAUUUUUUUUCCGCAAAUUGCUUAGAGAUCGUGACCGUUCAAUUGAAAAUUCAGAGCAAUUGGGGUUAAAAAAGGAUAAAGAGAGCUGUCCUGGAUCACCAAAUCAGCAAAAUGAGAAAUCAGGAACAAAGCCCCCUCUUCCAGUUAAUUUAUCACAGUUUCGGAAAGGAGCUUACCACGGGUCAUUGGAUUUUGUGCUGUCAUUGUGUGAGAUAUCAUUUGGGUUAGUUGAUGUUUUUCCAAUUGAAGAUCGCAAACGUGCUCUGCAUGAGUCACUUGCAGAAAUCAAUUUGCAUUUAACAGAGGCUCAUAAUACUGGAGGCGUUUGUUUUCCAUUGGGAAAGGGAAUGUACCGUGCACUUUAUAUUUCUGAAGAGGAAGCUGUUCUCUUGAACUCUAGGGAGAAGGCACCUUACCUGAUCUGUGUUGAGGUCUUGAGAUGUGAAACGCCCAGCAUUUUCAGGGAGGCAUCUAGGUCUCAGAAACAUUCUAAAGGUGGAAUCCCCUUGGCAAAUGGAGACGCUCUCUUGCAAAAGCCACCCACUUGGGCUUAUCCAUCAUGGACAGCACAAGAGGUAUAUCGUAAUAGCAAUGAUAGAAUGUCCAGAUCAACAGCUCAGGCUAUUGAUCAGGCAAUUACCGAUGUGUCUGAGGCAAAAAUCAGAUUUGUUAGUGUGAAUCUUUCUGUCCAAAGACAAUCAUAUGGUCAGCUCGAGAAGACUAAUGUGGAUCCAUCUGGUGUCGGUUGGUGUUCUGCUGCAGUUUAUAGAGAGGGCAUACAAGAAAUGGAAAGACCAGAAAAUGACAAUGAUGUGGAGUGGGUAAGGGUAGUGUUGAAAGCUGAUCCUGGGGUUAGAAUGGAAGAUAUUGAGAAUCCAACUCCACGACGAAGAAAGGAGCAUCGCCGUGUUCCAAGCACAGUAGCACUAGAGGAAGUAAAGGCCGCGGCAGCAAAAGGGGAAGCACCUCUUGGUCUCCCAUUGAAAGGGGCUGGUCAAGAUUCAUCCGAUGCACAGCCAGGAGCAAACGGAAUUACUCCUAAAGCCAGCGAUGCCUUGUCUGGUGAACUUUGGGAGGUAAAGAAAGAGAGGAUAAAGAAGGCUUCUAUACAUGGAAACUUACCUGGUUGGGACUUGAGAUCUGUUAUUGUUAAGAGUGGGGACGAUUGUAGACAGGAGCAUCUGGCAGUUCAACUUAUUUCACAUUUCUAUGAUAUUUUCCAAGAAGCUGGACUUCCUCUUUGGCUGCGCCCGUAUGAAGUGUUAUGCACUUCUUCUUACACUGCUCUUAUUGAAACAAUUCCAGAUACGGCUUCUCUACAUUCUAUCAAAAGUAGAUAUCCCAGCAUUUCAAGUUUACGGGAAUUCUUUAUUGCCAAGUAUCAAGAAGAUUCUCCUAGUUUUAAACUUGCUCAGAGGAAUUUUGUUGAAAGCAUGGCCGGUUAUUCUUUGGUUUGCUACCUUCUGCAGGUGAAGGAUAGGCAUAAUGGGAACCUCUUAUUGGAUGAAGAAGGCCAUAUCAUACAUAUCGAUUUUGGCUUCAUGCUUUCCAAUUCACCCGGUGGUGUUAAUUUUGAGAGCGCACCUUUCAAAUUAACUCGGGAGCUUCUUGAGGUUAUGGACUCUGAUGCUGAGGGACUUCCAAGCGAGUUCUUUGAUUAUUUCAAGGUUUUAUGCAUUCAAGGCUUCCUUACUUGCCGUAAGCAUGUCGAGCGUAUUAUUCUUCUAGUUGAGAUGUUGCAGGAUUCUGGUUUCCCCUGCUUCAAAGGUGGACUACGGACAAUUCAGAACCUAAGAAAGCGAUUCCAUCUCAGUUUAACAGAAGAGCAAUGUGUAUCUUUGAUGCUUUCACUUAUUAGCAGCAGUCUUGAUGCAUGGCGAACACGGCAGGUGAAUGAUUGCGUAUCAAUCAGAAUUGCAUUUCUAAAGUCAUUGGAGGGUGGUUGGUUCACUGCAGUAUGCUCUGCCACUUUGAGACAUCUACUUUGGCAAAUAGUUAUGUUAUUUCUCCAAGGUCUCGGUUGA